AGCAGUAUAGUUAAUGGAAAACAGUAUCGACAAUUUUCAACGCAUACUUUUUUUUCUAUUGACAUAUGUAUAUAUUAUACAUAUAUAUAUAUAUAUAUAUACAUAUAUAUGUAAUGGUAGAAAAUAAGAAUGGAAAAGGAGGAAAAAAGAAAUAGAAAGAAAAUUAUAAGAAUAUACGUAAGAAUGAAUACGAAUGAACGAACGCGAAUCAACGAACAAACGAACUGUAAGAAUGAGUAAAUGAGCUAUGUCCUGUUACAUAAACACAACUGGUAGUAGUUGAGGACAACCGUUAAUGAUGCGAAUAUUCACAAUCAAAAACCAUGAUAAAGAAUUAUAAUGAUGUGACGUGUAUAAAACGAUAAAUAUCGUGUUCAUUAAAACUGUCUUUUUAACACUAUCGACCUGAUAUAAAUGAUCAUUUUGAUAAUUAUAGGACGUAGAGAGGGGCAAAAUCCAUACAAGAGUAGGGGAAUCAUUGAACCGAUUACAGGCAACGUCGAUGACGACAACGGCAUCGGUGUCGCAAGUCCGGAGUACGAACGAAGUAGUAGUCAAUCUUGAAGAGGGAAAAGAAGAAGAAAAACCGGUAGAUUUGACAACGUUAUCUGGUAGUACGCAGACCGUAGGAAAUAUACUUGGUGGAUAUAGAAACUCAUUACCACCAACACGUUGUCAAACAAUUGGCCGUUUUCUUCGUCAAUUAAUGCUAGUCAUGCUGUUAAUAACAUUUAUCGCAGUUUCGUUGGCCUUCUUAACAUUUUACAUCGGCCACAUGUUUCUUCUACAACUUUUUGUUGUUGUGAUAGUUGCGUACUUUGUUGCUGGUGGUCGUCUAAGAUGGUUCUAUAUUGCCAUUCGUACAUUACCACGUGAUGUCAAAGGUUUACUAAGAUACAUUAAACUUCUUUGGUUGAUUCGUGGCCAUGAAAGAAAAAAUAAAAGCGUUGCCGAUAUAUUUCGGCAACACGUUGCACGGCAUCCCAAUAAAACGUGCAUCAUAUUCGAAGAUCAAGAAUGGACGUUCCAGCAAAUUGAAGACUUCAGUAAUAAAGUUGCAACUACGUUUAAAAAUCAUGGUUAUAAAAAAGGAGAUGUGGUAGCAUUAUUAAUGGAAAACCGACCAGAUUUUGUUGGAAUUUGGCUUGGUUUAAGUAAAAUAGGCAUAAUAACGUCAUUGAUUAAUAUUAAUCUUCGUAAAUCAUCAUUAUUACAUAGCAUCGACAUCGCUAAAUGUCAAGCAUUAAUCUAUAGUUCUGACUUUGUCGAAGUCAUCGCGGAUAUUGCUAGUACACUCAAUGCAAAUAUAGCACUCUACAAGUAUGGAAAUGAGACAACUGCAGAAUCUACGCAACAUUUAAAGGCAAAAAAUUUGACAAAUAUUUUAUCAGAGGUUUCUACAGUUUCACCAAUACCACAGGACAAAAGUUAUUAUCACGACAAUUUAUUAUAUAUUUAUACCAGUGGAACUACUGGUCUUCCAAAGGCUGCUGUAAUAACUAAUUCAAGAUUUAUAUUCAUCGCUAGUGGAAUUAAUAUCAUAGCUAAAAUGAGAUCUUCCGAUAUAUUAUAUACGCCAUUACCUUUGUAUCAUACAGCAGGUGGUAUUAUGUCAAUAGGUCAAGCAUUAUUACAUGGAAAUACGACUGUGAUUAGAAAAAAAUUUUCUGCUAGUGCUUAUUUCAACGAUUGCGUUAAGUACAAAUGCACGAUCGCACAAUAUAUAGGAGAAAUGUGUCGUUACAUUUUAGCAGUACCAGUAAAAUCUGAGGACAAACAACACAAUCUUCGAAUGAUUUUUGGUAAUGGACUUAGACCACAAAUAUGGCAUCAAUUUGUAGCACGUUUUAAUAUACCUCAGGUCAUUGAAUUUUAUGGUGCUACUGAGGGUAAUGCGAAUAUCGUAAACAUCGAUAAUACUGUUGGAGCUAUUGGAUUCAUAUCACGAAUUAUUACAUCGGUAUAUCCAAUAUCUAUUAUUAAAGUAAAUGCUGAAGGUGAACCAAUAAGAAAUACCAAAGGAUUGUGUCAAGUUUGUGGUCCAAACGAACCUGGUGUUUUCAUUGGAAAAAUUAUAUCGAACAACCCGACACGAGCAUUUUUGGGAUACGUGGAUAAAAAAGCAUCGGACAGUAAAAUCGUACGCGAUGUUUUCACUAAAGGCGAUUCUGCUUUUAUAUCUGGUGAUAUUCUUGUAGCAGACGAAUUGGGAUAUCUUUAUUUCAAAGAUAGAACCGGUGACACGUUUAGAUGGAAAGGAGAAAAUGUUUCAACGUCCGAAGUCGAAGCCAUAAUCAGUAAUUUUAUAAAUUAUAAAGAUUGUAUAAUUUACGGUGUUGAGGUUCAUGGUGCAGAAGGACGUGCUGGUAUGGCUGCUAUUUGUGACGAAACAAAUACGUUGAAUCUAAAACAAUUAUCAUCCAAUAUUAAAGAUCAAUUACCGUUUUAUGCUAGGCCUCAAUUUCUUCGAAUAUUAUCGAAAGUUGAUCUCACAAGUACAUUUAAAUUGAAGAAAAGGGAUUUACAAGAAGAAGGUUUCGAUCCUAAAAGAAUACAAGACAAAUUAUAUUACUUAGAUCCCAAAUUGGGAUAUCAGGUGUUAACGAAAGAGAUAUUCGAUGAAAUUCAAGGAGGAAAAAUUAAAUUAUAAAAUUGUUGCAAUAAAUGAUACCAAGAAAAAUCGAGAAUAAAUGAUAUUGAGAAGAUGACAUCUUGGAAUGAAAUCAGAAAAAUGUAUUAUGUCAUAUGUUAUAUAUAAUGCUCUUUAUUGCUUAUAUAUGCUAUGAUAAAUCGAUUUGAAUAUGCUAAAUCUUUACUAUUUACCGCAUAAAUGGAGAACGUCAAACUACUCAUUUUAUUUUUAUAUAUAUACAUAUAUAUAUAUAUAUAUAUAUGUGUAUAUAUAUAUGUAUGUAUGUAUGUAUGUAUGUAUAUAUUUUACAAAUUUCCAAAAUUUAUUUAGAAAGUAAAUUGAAUCAGGUAAUGUUAAAGCAGAAAAUUUAAUUCAUAUGACACUUUUUGUCCAUUUGAAUGAAUUAAUUGAUUUUAAACGAUCAAUCCAAUAAUAUCCUUCUCAAUUAAUAAUCAUUUAUUCAUAUUAAUAAUUAACAUAAUCGAGAUAUGUUCAUAUUACAUAAAUAAAUAAUGAAUAGAAUGACAAAAGUAAAAUCGCUUGUCAUGUGAAUGUUUUCACAACGUACACCGUUAUAUUAUAUUAUAAUAAUCUAUAUGUGGAUAUACAGGGUAGUCCAAAAUAAAAGGUCAAUAACUUCAAAGCUAGUAAUUUCAUAAAUUAUCAAUGAAUUUUAAUUAUUAUUUAAUAAAAAAAUAGAAAAGAAAUAAUAAUAAUAAUUAUAAUAAUAAUUAUUAUAAUAAUAAUAAUUCAAAUUCGUUGAUAAUACAUGAAGUUACAAGUUUUAAAGUUAUUACCAAUUAUUUUGGACCUCCUUAUAUAUGUGUAUAGAGAUAUACCUUCGUCUAUUUAUGUUUGUACAUAGGCAAUUUAAUUUAAAUUAAGAAAUAUAAUUUUGCCCGAUAUCCCGGUAUACCAAUAGCUUUUCGUAACAAUUGUAGUUUCCUAUGUUUCUGUUUUUUUCUCCCUUUUUUUUUUUAUUUUUAUUAAUAUUAAAAAGUAUUUACCUAUAUAAGAUGUUUCAUGAGAGAUUUAAAGAGGAAGAUAAUAUUCAUAUGGUGUAAAGUAUAUGUAUGGGAUAUUAUAACGUGGUGAAAAUUUUUACUUGUUAUUUGUUAAUUUUUAGAAUAAAAGUUUUCUAUUUUCUGUAUCUCUAAUUAAAUGAAACAACAAUUGCUUCUUGCAAUUGAUUUACAAAUA